CAUCCCACUCACAUACGGAUACCAGGGAUAAACAAGAGGCACAACGCGCGUUUUUAUAUUAUGUAAACAUGGCUUCAAUGAUUACCAAACCAUCUCACCUACGUUGUAUCCUGACAAGGACUGGCAAAUGUUUAGCUGUGACUUGGACAAAGACAUCAUUUGGAUCAGAACGAAGUUAUGCCUCCAAAACCGAUGGAGAAAGCAGGAUCCCCAAAAUAUACACUAAAACUGGUGAUAAAGGUUUCUCUAGCACUUACACUGGAGAAAGAAGACCCAAGGAAGAUCAUGUGUUUGAAGCAUUGGGAACAACGGAUGAGUUGUCAUCAGCGAUAGGCUUGGCCAGGGAGUUUUGUAUCGACAAAGGCCAUACAUUCACAGAUCAACUGGACAAGAUUCAGUGUGUCUUACAAGAUGUGGGAUCCAACAUUGCCACACCUCAGUCAUCUGCACGAGAAAUUCAUAUAAAAAAAACUAAGUUCAGUUCCCAACCAGUGGCAGACCUUGAAGGCUGGAUUGAUGAGUUCACAGAGAAGCUUCCACCACUGACAAACUUCAUAUUACCUUCUGGAGGAAAGAGCAGUGCGGCCCUCCACAUAGCACGGACAGUGUGUCGCCGAGCAGAACGCAGUGUUUCCCCUAUUGUGCGGUCAGGUGAGGCCGAUCCUGAUGUUGCCAAAUAUUUGAACAGAUUGAGCGACUACCUGUUCACAGUGGCCAGGUACACAGCCAUGAAAGAAGGCAACGAGGAGACGAUCUACAAAAGACCCGAGUGACACAUGUCUACACGUGAAAGAUCAAACCGGGGACCUUUGUGGAACAACCUUUGUUCUGCUUCUAGGUUGAAUUAAUCAAGUCAUCGGCAUUGUUUUAUGUGAAAGACCGUUCGAUGGGUCUAAGUUUAAAUACUGUAUCUCGUGAUGGAACUUUUCCUACAUUUCAAAUAAACACUUGAAUCCAAAUUCGACUUCGCUAGAGGCAAAAUAUAAACGUACGGACACUUCUUUUGCCAUGCGGUACUUUUUAAAAUGUUGCAACAACCAUUUUUGAACAGGAUAAUAAUAAAAUGAGGUUUGAUUUUGUAA